AUGGAUAAAUCUUGGAUUAGAAAGCCAAGGAACACCAAAAAAUAUUUAUUUGGUUUAAAUCAGUUUUUAGAUUUUGCAUUUGCUAAUGCUGUUGUUGGAGAUAGAAUAAAGUGUCCUUGUCCUAAAUGUGGAUUCGCAAAGUGGCAAACUAGAGAGGUAGCGCUCGAACAUUUGAUUUGCAAACCAUUCCCUCAAAAUUAUGUCACUUGGACUAUUCAUGGUGAAAGAAAUAUACUGCCUAAUUCUAUAAAUAAUGUGGUUAUACAAGAUACAUUACCUCCUAAAAAUCCAGUAGAAUUAUUGAUUAAUGAAGCAUUUGGGGGCCUAAGGCACGAUGGGGUUGAUGUAGGUCCGUCACAAGUAGCGGGUGGUGAAGAAAGGUUAAAUGAUGAGCCUGCUUCAAAUGAUAAAGACUUUUUCGAGUUUCUUAGAGAUGGAAGUCAAGAAUUGUUUGAAGGGUCCAAGUACUCAAAACUAGAAUUUUUAUUAAAAUUGUAUCACAUAAAAUGUUUGUCUGGGCUAAGUGACAAGGGAAUGGCCAUGAUACUAGAUUUGUUGAGGGAUGCAUUUACAUUUGCACGGAUCCCUCAUUCUUUUUAUGAGGCCAAGAAAACUAUCAGCAAGCUUUGUCUUGAUUAUAUCAAGAUAGAUGCUUGUCCAAAUGAUUGUAUGUUAUUUUGGGGGAAUGAUGCUAAUGAGGAAACAUGUAAGUAUUGUCACACUUCUAGGUGGAAGCCUAAUAAGAAAAGAAAUGAAGAUCUUGUGUCUACUACAGCAAAAUAUAUGAGAUGGCAUGCUGAGGAUAGUAACGAAGAUGGAAUCAUGAGGCAUCCUAGAGAUGGUGAGGCAUGGAAGAGGUUUACAACUUUUCCUGGAUUUGCCAUUGAUCCCGUGUUCGGCUUGGCCUAG